UCGAACAAGACAAAUCAUUCAAAUCACUUAACGCUCUUUAUCGCUCGUGUUCGACUUUUGAAAUUGUUUUACGCUCAAAGAUAAAAUCAAAUUAUUGGCGGGACGAGUACAUUUUAGGAAAUCCCGUUGUUCAACACAGAUCUGUUGUUUGUCGCGUCGCGUCGCGAAUAGUGGUAAUUACACAGAGAGUAUAUUUUUAAACCGUAAAAUUGUCGAAUUAAAUUAGAGUUUAUUUUGUGAUGGAAAAUUACAAUUUGAGCGAUUUGCAUGCAACUGAAGCACAAAAUAACCAAACAAAAGAGAAUGGCGUCAGCAUCUGUGAUGAUGAAAAACGUGGCUCAAACAUCUUGUAUGGAAUCGAUGAUAUUCCACCAUGGUAUCUCAGCAUUCCGAUGGCGUUUCAGCAUUAUUUGACAAUGAUUGGAGCAAUUGUGUCGAUUCCAUUUAUUUUAACACCGGCUUUAUGCAUGAGUGAUGAGGACCCAGCUCGUGGACUAAUUAUUUCGACAAUGAUAUUUGUGACUGGGAUUGUUACUUACAUCCAAGUCACAUGGGGAUGUCGUUUGCCAAUCGUACAGGGUGGCACAAUUUCAUUUCUUGUGCCGGUGCUUGCUAUUCUCAAUUUGCCACAAUGGAAAUGCCCAAAUCCAGAUAAACUGAAUGCAAUGUCACCAGAAGACCGUACGGAAUUAUGGCAACUAAGGAUGCGUGAGAUAUCGGGUGCGAUAGCUGUUUCAGCUGUUUUUCAAUUAGUGAUUGGAUUUACGGGUUUUGUCGGGAAAUUAUUGAAAAUUAUUACUCCCCUCACAAUUGUUCCAACGGUGGCUCUUGUUGGUUUAACACUGUUUCAGCAUGCGGGUGAAACAGCAUCGAAACACUGGGGAAUUGCUGUUAGCACAUCGUUUCUAUUGACACUAUUUUCGCAAGUAAUGGCCGAUGUAAAAUUUCCAUUUCCAGUUUAUCGUAAAAACGAAGGACUUCAAAUACGUUGGUGUGGAUUAUUCAAACUAUUUCCGGUUCUGCUUACGAUAUCGAUUAUGUGGAGCUUGUGUGCCAUUUUAACUGUGACUAAUAUACUUGAAGAAGGACAUCCGGCACGAACAGAUGCUCGUAUACGUGUUCUCACUGAUUCCGCAUGGUUUUACAUUCCAUAUCCAGGACAAUUUGGCACCCCCACCGUUACAAUCGCAGGUGUUCUUGGAAUGUUGGCUGGAGUUUUGGCUUGUACAGUAGAAUCAAUAAGCUACUAUCCAACUGUGUCGCAAAUGUGCAACGCUCCCCCACCGCCAUUGCAUGCAAUAAACCGUGGUAUCGGUAUUGAAGGUUUUGGCACAAUUUUAGCUGGUCUAUGGGGCAGUGGAAACGGAACAAAUACAUUUGGUGAGAAUGUUGGUGCUAUCGGCGUUACAAAAAUUGGAAGCCGUCGAGUAAUUCAAUGGGCGGCCUUAAUAAUGAUCUUACAAGGUGUUAUCAAUAAAUUCGGUGCUGUAUUUAUUAUGAUUCCUGAUCCGGUUGUCGGUGGUUUAUUUUGCGUGAUGUUUGGAAUGAUAACAGCAUUUGGUUUGUCAGCAUUACAAUAUGUCGACUUGAGAUCAUCACGCAAUCUGUACAUUAUUGGAAUUUCGUUAUUUUUCCCAUUGGUCUUAUGCCAGUGGAUGCAAAAACAUCAAGGCGUUAUCAACACGGGCAUCGAAGAAUUAGAUAGUACAUUGUCUGUGUUAUUAAGUACAACCAUUUUAGUGGGAGGCUUUUUGGGCUGCUUACUGGAUAAUCUUAUCCCAGGAACAAAAGAGGAACGCGGUUUGGUCGCAUGGGAAAAGGAAAUGUCACUGACCCAAAGUGAUUCGAAUGAAAACGAGCCGACCUCAUCGACAUUUGAUUUUCCAGUUGGAAUGGAUGCAUUACGCAGGUGCAAAUGGACAUCAUAUCUACCAUUUCUUCCAACUUAUAGAGUACGAAAAGCAUAAUUUCCAAUUGUGAUAAGAGAUGAUUAAACCUUCGAAUAGUGACGAUGAUAGAAAAAAAAAUUGUAAAUUUUGCCAGCAUAAUAUGAAAGCAGAAAAGCAGUUUGUGAAUAUUCGGCAUUAUUUAUGGAAAAAAGUAGCGAAAAAAUAAUUGUACUAAUUAUGGUAUUGUAAUUGUUGAAAAUGUUGUAAUAUUAACGCCUCGAAUAAUAAUGAUAAUGAAACUAGUGAAUGAAAUUGUAUAAUGAUAUUAAAAUAAAUCCAGAUUGUACGUAUUGUUGCACACA